GGAAGUGAAGCUCGCUGCAAGGCUGGCGCUCGCUCAGAGGAACACCAGCCAGCUGGCCGAGCCGCACAGGCGACAUUUUGUCCUCGGGCCGCGGGUUGGACAGCCUCAGGCUGGAGGGAAGCGUCGGGUCCGGACUGCUGAGGAGGAUUUCGGCCAGGACGUCUCACCAGCGUGGUCCCAGUCCUCGCCCCAACGACAACCACAUGGGGGUCGGAGAUGACGGCGGGCCAGGAAGGCUAAGUCGCAGGUUUUCCCGCUUUAGCGGCAGACAUCAUUCCAGGGAUGCUGCCAGAGCUCCGCCUCAGCCCGAGAGACCUCCGGCGCCACCGGAGCGUCCGGCUCCACGAGAUGACAGGGUUCCUGUGCCAGACGCGGCUCCAGUACCAGCACCAGCUCCACCCCAGGUCCCACCCCAGGUCCCACCGCCGGCUCCGCUGGCUCCGCCCUCCCCCCCGGCCGCGAACGUGCCUCCCAAAUGUCCGGACAAAGCCUCCAAGCCCAAACUGCCCCCCCGGCCUCAGUGCAAGGUGUUCAGUAGUUGUGAUCACGGUUCUUCCGUGUUACAGGGUUUGGAUGCGUUCCGGGAAAAUGACAUCCUCUGUGACGUUGUGUUGGUGGCGGGAGACAGUCAGGAAAGGUUCCCGGUGCACCGAGUCAUCAUGGCGUCAUCCAGCGACUACUUCAAGGCCAUGUUCACAGGAGGCAUGCGGGAGCAGGAAAUGAGAGAGAUCAAGCUGCAUGGAGUCACCAAGUCGGGCUUGAAGAACAUUCUGGACUUCAUCUACACGUCCAAAGUCAACCUUGACAUGAGCAACCUCCAGGACACUCUGGAAGCUGCAAACUUCCUGCAGGUCCUGCCCGUUCUCACCUUCUGUAACCAGCUUCUGAGCAGCCAGAUCGCCGUUGACAAUUGCGUGGAGGUGGAGAGGAUGGCCUCUGACUUACUUCUGGAGGAUGUGCAGAAGAACAUUGCCGGGUUUGUGAGCCGCAACCUGUCCGCCAUGGUGAGGAGCGGCCGCUACCUGGAACUCUCAGAGAAAACCAUCGCCGGCGCUCUCGCCAGCGACUCCCUGAAGGGCUUCUCCGAAAUGGAGCUCUACCACAUCGCCAAAGCGUGGCUGGGUCACGACCCCGCCAAGCGCAACUCGUCCGUCUUCGCGCUGAUGCGUCACGUUCGCUUCGCGCUGAUGAGCCCCUGUGAGCUGAUCCACAUCUCCCAAGAGGAGGAGGAGGAGGACCGACACGACUCCCUGAUGCGUUCACAGACCUCCUGCGUGAACCUCCUGCUGGAGGCCAGCAACUACCAGAUGAUGCCCUUCAUGCAGCCGGCCCUGCAAAGCGAGCGCACCCGGAUCCGCUCGGACGCCACGCACAUCGUGGCGCUGGGCGGCGUGAUGCGUCAGCAGCUGGUGGUGAGCCGCGAGCUCAGGAUGUACGACGACGAGAGCGGCCGCUGGAGAGCCCUGAAGCCCAUGGAGGUGCCUUGCUACCAGCACGGCGUGGCGCUCCUGGGCGGCUUCCUUUUCAUCGUUGGAGGUCAGAGCACGUACGACACCAAGGGCAAGACGGCCAUCGACGCCGCCUACCGCUACGACCCGCGCUUCAACGUCUGGCUGCAGAUUGCGUCGCUCAACGAGAAGAGGACCUUCUUCCACCUCAGCGCUCUGAAGGGAAGGCUCUACGCCGUCGGCGGCAGAAAUGCCACGGGAGAAAUCGCGACGGUGGAGUGCUACAACGUGAAGAUGAACCAGUGGACGUUUGUGAGGAGCAUGACGGAGUCUCACUACGGACACGCUGGGACCGUCCACGGGGACCUGAUGUACAUCUCAGGCGGCAUCACCCAUGACACCUUCCAGAAGGAGCUGUGGUGCUACGACCCGGCAUCGGACGCGUGGAGCCAGAAAGCGGACAUGCUGGAUCUGCGCGGCCUCCACUGCAUGUGCACGGUGGCGGACCGACUCUUCGUCAUGGGCGGCAACCACUUCCGAGGCAGCAGCGACUACGACGACGUGCUGAGCUGCGAGUACUACAGCCCCGCCGCCGACCAGUGGACCGUGGUGGCGCCCAUGCCGCGGGGCCAGAGCGACGUGGGCGUGACCGUCUUCCAGGGCUGCGUCUACGUGGUUGGGGGGUACUCGUGGAACAGCAGGUGCAUGGUGGACAUCGUGCAGCGCUACGACCCAGAGGGCGACGUUUGGGACCUCGUCUUCAACGUCCUGGAGCCCCUGGGGGGCAUCCGCGCCUGCACCAUGACUGUUCAUCUACCGGAGGGCUCGGUGGACGACGCUCAGACGCAAGAAGGACUGCUCCCGACCAAGAACUGACGGCCGGCAGGAGCCUGCCAGCAAGCCGUGUGGACCCUGAACUGGGUCCAAACUAAAAACCAAAUCAGCUCCUGACCUGUGCUUCAGUCAGUGGAUGCCAAGAAAUGUUACGUCUUUUUCUUGACUAAAUGAAGCAUUUUCAGGUACUGGUCAUUAAGUGUUAGUCGUGUUACUGACACACAAGCACCAGACUUGAUGGCCAGAACAGCAGGUUUUUAUUGCAGGUUUGGAUGAUCUCACAACAGGCACAAAAAUAUGCUAAUCCUAAUAAAAAAAACCCAUAAAAACACAGGCUACCGUCAGAUUGAAACUCAUCUCUGA